AAAAAUAUAAACUUUCACAGCAGCUUGAAAUACGACUUGCUUACCGACAGACAGCGUCCAGCUCAAUACAUCAAGCCUUUGGAAUUGGCCUCCAUGUUGUUUGAAUUUUGAUACAUUCGACAAUGUCCUCCGAUAGCAUUUCUUUCGACGUAUUUCGUGGUGUUUCCGGCAAGAUUGUUGCCGAUCGCGUCACGAAAUCACUUGGAGAUAAUGAAAUCUUCAUCGAGACUACGCACUCCGGUCUCUGCGGCACCGACCUACACUUCCUUCACUCCAACAAGGUGCUGGGACAUGAAGGUGUUGGUAUAGUUCGUAGACUAGGCCCCGGUGUGACAUCGGUUAAAGUAGGAGAUAGAGUUGGAUUUGGGUACACUAGAAAAGUCUGCGGCAAAUGUAAACAUUGUUUGUCCGGAUGGGAUCAAUUCUGUGAAAAUAUCGCGGAUUUCACAAACCGAGCUGACCCUGACAUUGGUUCACUCUCGAAUGGCGCUGUCUGGGACGCUGAUGCAGUAGUUCGUGUUCCUAAUGGUUACGAUUCUUCCGACGCAGCACCAUUACUCUGCGCAGGCGCCACAGUAUGGACCGUUCUAACAGAAUAUGGCAUUAAGCCAACGGAUCGAGUCGGUAUUCUUGGUAUUGGAGGACUUGGCCAUUUGGCUAUAAAGCUGGCCUCUGCGUUAGGAUGCCACGUGGUUGUGCUUUCCAGCUCUGAGUCAAAGCGACAAGAAGCCUUUGAAUUCGGAGCAAAGGAGUAUUUUGUUUUAAAAUCAGGUGAAAAGCCCAGUGGCCUUCUUCCUUUGGACCACUUGUUAGUUUGUGGAAGCUCAUCGAGCAUGGACUAUACCUUCCUCGUCAGUUUGAUGGAGAUCCAUGGCUCUAUUUACCCCCUCACUGUAUCUUCUGACAAGGUUCCUAUCCUUCUCCAUGACGCUGUUCUUAAAGGCGUACGUGUUCAGGGAUCUUUGACAUCCUCACGUCGAUCACUUCGCAGGUUGUUUGAAUUCGUAGCUGAGCGAGACAUUCAUCCUACCUUGCAAAAAUUCCCAAUGUCUGUUGAGGGUAUUGAAACUGCUGCCAAGGUUUUGGACAGCGGUAAGAUGCGCUAUCGUGGUGUUUUAUGUUGGAAUUAGAAGAUCUGGUUCUUGAAAAUUUCGAACUCUAUAUAUGGAUAUUUGAUUUGUUGAUGAAAGUGUAUGUGUACUGAUUACAUGUAUUUAUGGAUCAUGAUAUCAUCAAUGAUCUAUUCUUCAAAUCUAAUUUCAGUGGCUUCGAGGCCCACACUAAAG